AUGAAAUGCGAUUUCCUCAACGAGUCACUCCAACAGUCUCCACUCUCCAGCUUUACAAUUUUCCCACAACUAAAAAUAAUUCUGCGGCUAAAAAUUGCAGAAUCCAUUGAAGCAGCCAUGGAUAUUCGACUUCGAAUCGGAAGCCUAUAUUCUCACACUUGUCUCAAUCUCACAUCAAAUUCCAAAUUUCUCAAACCGCGCUGCGCGAGAGGGCCACCUCCUCAGCAAAAUGACGACAACAGUAACGAUGAUAAAUUCUCAAGGGAUUGGGAUAAAGCAUGGUCCAGCUUCAAAAAGAAAGGAAAGAAGACACUGUUCUCAGGUUUCUCGCCGGACAAAUAUGUUAGCUGGAACCCAAGGCGGUCGGAGUAUCCACUGUCGGAGGAGGUGGACCCCAUCAAAAGAAGCGAGAGAUCAAAUCUUAUGGACUAGUCCAAGAUUCACUCUAAUUGGAGCAAUCAUCAUAGUUACUUUUCUCCUGGUCUAUACAAUUCUUGCCCCCAUUAAAUGAACGUUUCAUCUUAAAACAUCCAAUUCUGUAAAUUCCUUUUAGCGAAAAGAAUGUACAUUUUGCUACAUCUAUGAUCAUAUCUGUUUUAUGACUCGUC